AUGCCCUAAAAUACGAAACUUUUCCUUGUAAACUUGAAAUUAAAUUACAAGGCAGUAGAAUCCUAUUCAUGUACCACCAGAGAAGAGAGGCACAAGCUAACGAGAUUAAUGGGAGUCGGAGCAAUGAAAACGACGGCGUUUCGUCGAAGGGGCCAGCGCUGCGGCUGUAUCCAUGUGUAGAGCAGAAGGCGGAGAACUAUGAGGAUUUAGAAGAAGAAUUGGAGUUCAGCCCACACCUAUAUAGUGCUCUUGAGCGGCAUCUUCCGAGCAGCGUCCUCAGUUCAUCGCGAGACAAUAAGGUCCAAUACAUGACUGAUAUUCUCCUUCGCUACUCUCCCCGCGCCGACCGCAGUCGCAUGCAGAAACAUGGAGAAUACAGGCAGAAAAUCAUAUCAAACUAUCAGCCUCUACACAGGGUGUUAUAUACCAUGCACGCCACAGAUUUCUUUGUACCUUCGUUUAUUAAGGCAAUCAGUGAGAAUAAGGAGGAAAGCUUCAGAAAAAUAAUGUCUGAACCUUCUCCAGGUGUUUUUACAUUUGAAAUGCUUCAACCACGUUUUUGUGAGAUGAUGUUGGCUGAGGUACAAAACUUUGAGAAGUGGGUUCGUGAAACAAAAUUCAGAAUCAUGCGUCCCAAUACUAUGAACAAAUUUGGAGCCGUUCUUGAUGACUUUGGCCUUCAACACAUGCUUCAGAAGUUUAUGGAAGAUUUUAUACGCCCUAUUUCAACAGUUUUUUUUACUGAAGUUGGUGGAUCCACACUCGAUGGUCAUCAUGGUUUUGUCGUUGAGUAUGGGACAGACAGAGACAUUGACUUGGGUUUCCAUGUUGAUGAUGCGGAGGUCACUUUGAAUGUGUGCUUGGGAAAGCAAUUCACAGGUGGAGAGUUGUUCUUCCGAGGCGUACGGUGCGAGAAGCAUGUGAACUCUGAUUCACAGCCAGAGGAGAUCUUUGAUUAUGUGCAUGUUGCGGGGCGUGCGAUUCUACAUUGUGGUCGCCAUAGGCAUGGUGCUAGAGCGACAACAUCUGGGCAGAGGAUCAACUUGUUGAUAUGGUGCAGAAGCUCUGUUUUCAGAGAAAUGAGGAAGUACCAAACAGAUUUUCCAAGCUGGUGUGCAGUGUGCAAGCGUGAGAAGGAAGAAAGGAUACGGCAAAAAGCUUCUAUUCUCAAAUCGGAGCUGCGCCUGAGAACUGUAUAGCUAUUUUUCUUAUCCAUUUUCAAGAGUUGCAGAGAAGGGUAGGAGAAUGUGGAACUUCACGGUGUGAAUCCGAAUUUCAUAUAAGUUUUAAUAUGGGUAUCGCAAGGAAAUCGAAAAAAGGAAGAACAGAAAAGUAGGGGAAGCAGCUGAUGCAUAGCUGUUUAGUUUUUUUUUUUAAAUUUAACUAUGACCUGGUGUGGGGGAUUAGCCAUCAUCUUCAAGGCUAUUUUCUUGUAAGUGAUAUACGAAUGGAUGUUAGUUUUUGCCAUUUGCGGAAUUGUUGGGAAUAAAUCCCCCACAGUAAUAAUAUUCACGGUAAUAAAAGCGGAAUAAUAAUAUAGCAGUGAGAUACGGUAAUCAACAAGAAUAAAAGAGUAACAAUGACACCAAGAUUUUUACGUGGAAAACCCUUCUGAAUAAGGGA